CACAAAUCACAACCGCCACGCACGCAGAGAGAGAGAGAGAGAGAGAUGAGGCAAACGACUUAUCAGCUGAUGACGGCUUAUCUAUCGUCCCUGAUCCCCCCACUUAGCAUGCGCCCGCCAGUCGGGCACAACCCUGUCCAUCAUAUUGACAAACUGGUGCAUCGCCUCACGACAUGGCAGGCCAUCCAGAGCGUGCCAUGCCGACCACUUCGAGCGCUCCACCUAGACACAGACAUACACACACGUCUCUUUGUGUGUCUGCCAUCAGUUGACGUUACAAUGUUGAGAAAAGACGGCGGCUCUGGGCGGUCGUCACCGGCUGUCGCCUGCUUGUACAACUACAUACAUCCACGCAGACAGACAGACAGGAGACACACCCGAGGGCAGGCAAUCCUCUGUCUCUAUGUCUCUCGGUCUCUUCGCCGUACGGCGUAUAGUUUGAGCUUCUGGUCGUUGGUGACGUGCACGCCCGGCAGCUCCCUGCGGCCCUCAACGACGUCCAGCGCAUACUCCCAUGCUAUCGGGAACUCCCUCUCAUAUCGAUGCUCCUGCACACAGGCAGAUGUGAAGAGGGACACGUAUGCCCACGAACUCAUCCGUCUUUCUAUGUCUACUUCGGACGACAGGACAAGGUCCGCUCGUGGGAUGGUUGGUCUUUCGGGGAUGAGGAAGUCGGCCGCUGCUGCUGCUGACGACAACAUAUGUUCAAGUCGCGUCGGCUGCCUUCCCUCAUCUCUGCACACGAGCAUGGACAAGUUCUUGUUGCUGGAGACACUCGUUGAAGCGCACCUCUCUUCGAGUGUUGGGAUCUCAUCCACGCGGUCCUCCCCGACCCCCUCUUCAACCAUGGCUGCCACCUGUGUCUUCUUGCUCUCGCCCCCCAUCACGCCACUCAUCGCCACUUGCAGCUUCUUGUCCUCCCCAGACGGUUGCUGUCGCCCGUCAGUCAUCCCAUCCAUUGCCACCUGGGUCUUCUUCUCUUCUGUCUGGGCGGCCGGCUGCUUUUUGUCCUCAGAUACCCACUCACGAGAAAACGCACCCAAGAUACGCAUUCGCGGGGCGGUGGAAGCAUCUGUUAAGAUGAGAGAAGAGACAUGUCUAGGUCUGUAUGUGUUUGUUGGUAUCUCUGACGCACCUCUGCUGGCGAGUGGGGUUGGCGCUGAUGUGGGAGGAGGCUGUGGCAGGUCUAUCGGCACGGACGGAUGAUCCAGUGUGCGAUUGGUGUCCCUGAAUGACUGCAACACACAAGCAGAGACACGAUCUAUUGGAGACGCUAAACAAGCAGACAAUAGGCAUGUGCACGUACCUGGUAUGUGAGCUGCUGUGUGUUGUUGGUCAUGUCGUGCAGCCGCUGAAUCAGCAGCGAUGACGCCGGCGUGGGCAGAAGGGCCUUGGGCGUGUAGCCGUGGAUCGCCAGCUCGUGUCUGAGUUGUGUGAAGUCGGCUCUGACGAUACCCAGUGCAUUGGCGAGCUCUCUCAGCGUGGCGUGGGCUGCCUCUCUGUAGUGAUAGAGCACAUCGACGCGGGACAUGAUCUCGCGAAGCACCUUGUGCAUGUCGCCUAAACACGUAUACGUAUACAAUACAUACGUACACACGGACAUACACACGUAUACGUACCAACAUUCAUGUGUACGAUAUUGUUUCGUUCUUUUCGUCUACCUUCUUGGCUGUUCUUGACUUCUAGGUAUGAAGUCAUCUCAUGCAGCGCCUGGAGUCUCGCCCGGUCGUCAGACCUGCUGAUGAUGCAUCCACUUCAUUGAUUCAGUGAUUGAUUCCCUUGGUGAGUCACCUUUCGACAGUGAGUGCUUCGAUCGAUCGCUUCAGCUGCCGCACACAGUGAACCAGCAUCAGGCUCUCACUGUGCGGUGAGCCAUCACCUCUUUCCCCAUCUCUCUCAUCCCCUCUUUCACUGCACACAGCACAGCUAUUCAAUACACAAGAGUGUCUCAUCUGUCUGGUGGAAGCUAUCUGUGUGCUGACAUGGUGGUGUCUAGGGCCAGCAUGUGUCCCUGCAGAGCACUCUGUGUGGCAAAGAAGGCCGCGUCGCUCAGCGCCUCCUCGUGUUUGGCAAUCAGCUGGUGGAAUGAAUCCGCGCGCUUCUCCAACGCGAGAAGACGGAGCUCACAACCUGCCGGCACAAACACAGAGAGAGAGGGAGACAUGCACGAAGGAGAGGACGACAUCGUGUGUGGUAAGGACAGGUACCUUUGAUCUUCUGUGACGGAUCAGUGUCACUCAGAGGAUUGACAGCCCGCUUGAUCGUGUCCGCAUGCUUCAGACAAAACUCCGAGAAUUGGUCGAACAGCCCCGCCCUCUCCUGUUGGAUAGUAUUCUGCAGCGUCACGAAGUCUCUUUUGGCGAUGGCAAUGUCCUCCCUCAAGCCGCCCAGCUGCAGCUGCACGGCGCGGUAGCACUCGUCGAGGCCCGACGUGCCGGGAUCGGGAAAGUUAUCGCCGAACUUGGAGAUGAAGAGGUCGUGUUCCGCCUGCAGCACGUCCAGCUGAUUCUUGAGAGCCGCCACCGUCUUGCUGUCAGUUUCGGCGUCGGUGUGGCCCUCCCUUGGUUGAAAUGGCAUCGGCAUUUGUGCUUCGUCUGGGGGACGGUGGAUGACUUCCUCCCGAACAGCAACAGGCUCUGUGUGUCCUCUCGAAAGCCGUCUGUCGAGAACAUGUGGCCGUCUGUCGCUGCCCAUAAUCCCUCUCACGGCCUCGGUGCACCACUCGACGCGCGGAAAGAGUGUGUCCUCACACUGGCGGAUAAAGGCCGACAGCGCCCCCACUUCAUUCCACAGGCUGGUGAACUCCUCCGAGAGAAUAGUGCCGUCCUCGGCUGUCCUUGGUUUGCGUGGAGGUCGCUGAUUGAGCGCCCUGGCCCACGAAUGCUGCGCGUUGGCCGCCGUCUUCUUGAUGGAUUCCGUCGCUUCUUCUGUCAUUUCCCUUAUCUGCUGCUCGCAAGCGGCCACAUAGCUGCUGAGCUGUUCCUUGGCUUGGUCAGUCUCCCGGAAGCACUUCGCCAUCUCUUCCCGAAUCGCCUUUUUGCCCUCCUCGACGCACUCGCGAACAACACUCUCGAUAUCCGCUCGCGAUAUGGGCACGGGAGCGCUGGAUAGACGCUGUAUCUGGCUCUGUAGCUGAGCCACCUGAUCUGUGAGCGACGCCACUUGUGACUGGAGGUGCUGAAGCUCAUGAUUUGGCUGCGUGUCUUCAUGUCCUUGGUCAUCCAUUGCGAGAGUGAAGGCCGGGGCCGCCGGAAUAGAGUCC